UGUCAACUUGUCACUUCGUGUUCGUCCGCUUAACCUAGCAGUUGCGUUUACUUUUCGAGUUAAUUUUUUAUUGUGUUUGAGGUGCAUUGUGAAGAAAUUGGGUUUAAAAUGGCAUAUCUGUCACGUAGAGAAAUUGAAGAUUUAAGACCACUAGUAGAAAAGGCCGUUUAUAAAACAUUGAAUGGUAGUGAUUCUUCAGUGUUCAGAGCGGCAAUUGAUUGUCUUACUAACGGCUACGACAAGAGGAAAAUAUCUGAUAAAUUAGGUGAAUAUAUUGAUAAUAAGAAGGCAACAAAACUAGCAGAGAGAAUACAAUACCUAUUAGAUGAUAUUGAAUCUAAUAGAAAAUCCAAAAAGCGGUCAUAUGAUGAUGAUCGAGAUAGAGAUUCUAAGAAGACCAAGUUAAGUUCCUCUAAAAGAGAUGAUGGCAGAGAAAGUGAACGAGAACGUGAAAGAGAUAAAUUUGAUAGGCACAGUAAACCAAGACAUCUUUCUGAUAAAGAUGGAAUAAUUAGAAAUUCUAAAAUGGAACCCUUACCUCCACCAAGUAAAAAUAAUAUUAGUCUUGGCAGCUUAAAAAUACCUCAAGCUAGUAUCUAUGGAAUUCCUUCUGGCUUAUUAAACAAGGGCGAUGCUGAAAAGGCCAGGAAAAUUGCACAGUUGCAGGCUCAGAUCAAAAGUAAACUUUCUACUGGAAUCUUGGGAAACGCAAUACAAAUUCCAGUUCAGCCUAAUAAGCCACAACCCCUUAUUUUGGAUGAGGAUGGUCGCACCGUUGAUAAAUCAGGUAAAGCGAUUCAACUUACACAUGUAGCACCCACACUAAAAGCAAAUUUAAGAGCGUUGAAGCGCGAACAAUACAGAGAGAAAACUGAUAAAAGGGAUGAAGAUAAUGCAGAAACUAGAUUUCUGGACCCAAGAAUUGGGAUAAAGCCUGCCUUGAGAAAUAAAAGAGCACUUAGGUUUCACGAGCCUGGGAAAUUCCAACAGCUAGCUGAGCGUCUUCGUAUGAAGAAUCAGUUGGAGAAAUUACAGAAUGAAAUAUCCGAAAUAGCUAAGAAAACAGGUAUAUCUUCAGCCACAAAAUUAGCACUUAUUGCAAAAUCCGAGGGAGUCAGUGAUGAUGUACCUGAUAUGGAGUGGUGGGAUUCUGUUAUUUUAGAAGACAAUUUAGAUACUUUAACCAGUGAUGGCAAAAUCGCCAUUAAAGAUAAUAUCGUCAAUAACCUAGUGGAACAUCCAACUCAAAUGAGGUGUCCUACUGAUCCAAUUAAGCCUGUGUAUAUGCCUGUAUUUUUGACACAAAAGGAGAGAAAGAAGUUAAGACGCCAGACUAGGAGGGAAAUGUGGAAAGAAGAACAGGAAAAAAUUAGACUUGGUUUAGUACCUCCCCCUGAACCUAAACUACGUAUUUCAAAUCUCAUGAGGGCUUUAGGUACUGAAGCAGUGCAGGACCCUACAAAAAUUGAAGCACAUGUUAGAGAGCAAAUGGCAAAAAGACAGAAAGCACACGAAGAUGCUAACGCAGCGCGUAAGCUAACGUCGGAACAAAAAAGGGACAAGAAGGUUAAGAAAUUAAAGGAAGAUACAUCUUUAGGUGUCCACGUGUCUAUUUAUAGAAUUCAUCAUUUGCACGAGUUGGCCUCGAAGAAGUUUAAAGUUGAGACUAAUGCGAAACAGCUUUUUAUGACUGGAUGUGUUGUAUUAUAUCCAGAUUGUUGCGUUGUAGUGGCAGAAGGAGGACCCAAACAACAAAAGAGAUAUAAAAGGUUGAUGUUAAAUCGAAUCAAAUGGGAGGAAGAUUUUGUGAAAGACCCAGAUGGCAAAGAAGUGCCAAACAAAUGCGUUCUUGUGUGGGAAGGCUCUGCUAAACAAAGGAACUUUGGCGAAAUGAAAUUUAAAGUUUGUCCUACCGAAAGAUUAGCAAGAGAACACUUUAAGAAACACAAAGUUGAACAUUAUUGGGACUUAGCUUACAGUGGCGCCGUUUUGGAACAAGCAAACGAUUUGGUUGAAUAGAUGAUAAAAUAAGUUGUAUAUUAGCUCUAUUUUCUAAUUAGGAUUUUAUUUUUUAAAAUCGUCACUCUAAUAAAUUUGUCUGUAAUUAUUUUAUAAACUAAUCUAAAGUAAAACAGAUUGAAUAAUAAAAUGACAUAUAGGUGAUUGAAUAAUUAUUGUAAAGUUAUGUUGAAACAAACAUAAUAUUAUAUUUAUUACUAUUGACACAUGUAAUUUUGAAUAAAGUAUCUUUACUUUU